UUUGUAGAAUUCUCGAUGUUUUCCUUUUUUUUACAAUUUACAAAUUAUUUUACUACUUGUGCUGAUAAAAUAAUAAUGGAAAAAUAUUUAACGAGUGAAAUCUUUAUUAAAUUCACAUAAACAAACGAAAUGUAUAAACGUAAUCAGCAUAUCAGACAGAAAUAAAAAUAUUAACAAUUACGUGAACAAAAAAGGUAAAAAUGAAGUGAAUUAUGAAGAGUGGAGAGAAAUAAGAAAUAAAAUAAAAACAAAGUGUUAAAUUCGAAAUAAAGAGGAAUGGUCAAAGGCCAGAAACAAACAACCAAGUGUCAAGAUUAAUGAUUGUGUUUGUGAAGCAUACAAUCGUCAUGACUCUUUUCUAAAAAGAAAAAACUCUCUCACACACACACACACACCCUGAUAAAUGAAAAUAAUAAAAACAAAAACAACAAUGAACUGAUAACAAAUUCAAAUUGUGUUUGGUCAAUAACAAAAACAAUCAAAGUAUACGAGAGACCAAUUAUAAGAGACCACCUUAUAAAAGCUAAUUAAAAUUAAAAAAACAAAACAAAUAACAAAUAACCAAAUAAAGAACAAAGAGAGAGAAUUAAAAUUUAAUAACAACAACAAAAACGUUUAAUAAUAAAACAAAAAAAGUGCAAAAAAUAGAGAAAUUAAAAAUUUAAAAUUGAAGAAGAAAUCCAAAGUUAAUGUUGCCUGUUAAAAACGUUAACGUUUAGUGUUGAUUGUGAAAUGGAAAAGAUAUCAUCGCCAGCAGCAAUAACAACAUCAACUAAAACCACGACAGCAAUAAUAACAACGCUAAUGAUAAAACCCACAAACAAUUGUUGUAAACUUUCGUAUUUGUCAUUGUCUCCGUCGCAGUCACUGCAAUUCGAAACAAUAAACUGUGAUAGUACGAGUAUUAACGAUUGUAAAAAUUUAUCUUUUUCGUGUAUAUUUUCAGAGCAAAACAAUCUUUUGAAAUUGACUUUAAAUCUUAACAACUACAACUACAACAACAUUAAUAUAAAUAUAAAUAAAAAUAAUAAUAAAUAUAAUCGUAAUAAUAGUGGGAAUAGUUUAUUACAUUUCUUAUCACUUUUAAAUGUUUUAUAACAAUAACAAUAAUAAUUACAGUGAAAAUGAUUGUGACUGUGAUUGUGAUGAUGGUGAUAAUGAUAAAAAAGUCUUGAUAAUUAAUUCGACGCAGACACAUACACAUACACAAACAAAUACAGUUUAAUAAAUUCUUAAAAUAAUAGAAAACUUCAAAAUUAACUGCCGAUAAACAUUUAUUUCAUUGUGUGUUUUACGCGCGCGUCAACUACAACCGUGUGUACAGAACAAAUUUACAAAACGGUAGCGUAGUGCUAAAAUAUUAUUAAACAAUUGAGACAAUAACCAACGAGCAUAAUGUUAAAUAUGUCGAAUAAAUACAACAACUAUCCACGCUCGCCUGCCACCAAUAUAAUGGGCCUGAAUACUAAUAGCUCGUCCGGUUCAGCUGUGGCAGCAGCGUCUACUUCAACCAGCCCUUCUUCGGGUGGUUUUACGCUGUCGGCACCCAAUAACUUUUCAAAUGAUUCCAACUCUUCGGUGACCUCGAAUUCCGGUAAAGCUGAGAGGGAAUCAAUACAUUCUGGUCAAUUUAUGGUCUCGACAUUUGAGGCCGAAGAAGCACAAGAUGAUCUCGAUGAUAGUGAAAUAAAAAUGUUGGAUCCCGAAGAUCCCAGUCUAUCGAAAGCAGACGAUGAACCCAAUACCUGCACGGAGGUACAAUUAUAUGUGCCCCGCAACAUGGCCCAACAAAAUCGAUAUGGCAAUACUGAAACGCAUGGUUUAAUCACCUCCCAUUUGGAAAUUGAAACGUCGCUAACGAAACUCUUCAAAUGCAUGAAUUUAGCCUACAGUCAAAAACUAACUUCACCCAAAUGGAAUCAUUUCAAGGGUGUUCGUCUACGAUGGAAGGAUAAAAUACGUUUGAAUAACGUCAUCUGGAGAUGUUGGCACAUGCAAUUUAUACUCAAACGUAGGACACCGGUGUGCCAAUUUGCCUCACCAUUGGAUGUUGAUAUUCAUAGCAACCCGCAAAGUGUUGUACUCGAAGGAAAAUAUUGGAAACGACAAUUGGCGGUAAUAAAAGCCGAGUAUAGAAAAUGGAGAAGAAAUUAUAAAUCAAAAGUCACAGGAUGUUUAAUUUAUGACACGAAAAGUGAAUUCGACUUUUUAGAAUGGUCACCAUUGAAUGACAGAUGCUUGAUGUUAUCGGACGAUUGGACUAGUGAUACGUUGUUUUCAGCGAUUAAUGGACCUUUUCCAUUUCCAGAUUCAAGAGAAAUUGCACGCGGAGCAGGAAUUGCAGAUUUUAUACAGCCCAGUUUAGGGCCAUUACAACCGAAUUUAGAUGAUAUUGAUUUAACAUUUGUUGAAUUAUUACAAAAUUCCCGCUUACCUCCUGUACCGGAAGAAGUUUCGGAUGAAAUGAUUAAAAAUGUUGAUUAUGGAUUUUCUUCCAUAAUGGGAGGCGAACAAAUAGAUUCUAGUAAUAUGAUGGAUGUCUCCUCCUCCAAUGUUGUUCAAUCAAUGCCAAAUACAAAUGAUGAUACAAAUAUGUUGGAACUUAAUACACCUCUCAAUACUCUACAGUUUUCUGAUAUCGAACAACAGUUUGCCGCCCGUGGUGGCGGUGGUAGUAAUGUACAAAUGCUGCCACCGGUUAAUCGCUCAAAUGCUUCUGCCAAUCAAAUGCAGUCAUUGACAAACGAUGAUGCCAUUAUGAUUGAAGCCCAAAGUACCACGAACAGCAUCCUAAUGCAGCAGGUUAAUCGACAACAGAUGAAACAUUAUAACAAUUCUGUUAGUGGUAUAGUAGGUGGCGGUGGUGGAAGCGGGAGCGGAGGCGGAGGAGGGGACAAUAAUAGCAACAUUAGCAUAGGUAUGGGACGUCAGAAUAACAAUGAUUUCCCCGUGAAGAAAGGACGUAUUUCAAAGAGUUCUCAGAGACCUUUUAGGCGGGAGCCGCACAAUUACGACAAGGCCCAGCCGACUCUGCACCAGACCACAAUCUAUCAGCAGAUGUUGGCGGAACAACAAAAGAAUCAACAAAUGCAACAGCAUCCACAACAUUUGCAGCAGCCCAGUCUAUCGAGCAACACACUGCAGCACCAGGCCACUGUUUAUCAGCCAACACAACAACAACAGCAGCAGGUGCAACAGCAACAAAAUAUCAAUAACACUUUUACUCAAUCACCUCAACAGUAUAAUACGAAUUUGUUAAAUAACACGGGCACCUAUGGAAGUUCAACGGAAAAUAUUGCAAACAUGGUGAGUGGUCAAUUAACGGGUCAAAACAUCAACAGCAACAAUGCACCUGGAGGUUAUGGUCUUAUGACUUCUCCUCAGGCCACAACACAGUUAAAUGCAAACAAUCAAUCGAACAAUAACGCCUUACAAAAUAUCAAAAUUGAAGUGCCCUCUCCGGAUGUUCUAACAAUGUUUAAUUUGUCGCAGGGCUCUGCAGAGGGGUAUGUUCCCUAUAAACCAUACAAUCAUACAGGUAACUUUAAAAAAUCUGCCUCUACUGGUACGUAUAUAAACAUAAGAGGCAAUCAAACAUCAAACAAUCAAAUGUACAUGCAACAACCCCACGAUCAAUCAUCGUCUCCCGGUGGUACCAUGCACACACACUCAUUACCUCUAACAUUGGGCAUACAUUUACCUGGUCUAGCAAAUGCUUUGCAAUCACGACCCCCACAAUUAUCACCACCAAAUAUGCAGCAAACUAGUCAGCAACGUAUCAUAACGCAACAACUUAAUUUACCUCCACAACCCACGCAACAACAAGCCACUCAACAACAGCAACAUCAUCAGCAGCAACAGCAGUCGUCUAACCAGGCACAACAUUUACAAAACAUGUUAAACUCACAACAUCAACAACAACACCAACAACAACACCAACAACAACAGCAACAUCAUCCUCAACCACACCAUCAAAUUUCUCAACCUACAAUUUCCACCAAUGCCUUGGUGCCAAAAGAAAUAUUUCGUUCGAAUAGCUUACCAUUGAAUGUAUCACUGCAGAAGCUCGAUACACGCUUAAACCAAAACGAUAAUAAUUUUGCCGUGCCAACCAAGUACCAUGUGGGUAAAACUAGUAAGACACGUUCCCGCAGUAAUUCAAUACAUCAGCACAUGAUACAUUCAUCACCUUCUUCGUCAUCAUCAUCUUCCUCUACGAAUGCAAUGCUUGUUAACAGUGGUGCUGGUGGUGGUGUUGGCGGCGGUAGUAGUAUCUCAGGCACCAAUACUCUCAAUCUAAAUCCCCAGUUACAGGCGGCAACCAGUGACCCAAUGCUUAAUAGUACAUUAGCUCAACUUUUAACAACAAAUUCCCGUAUGUCAACAUUAGGUAAACAACAAAGUGUAUCGACAAGUAACAUUGCAACAUCUGCAAAUGUGGCAAUGUCAACGAUGACUGCGCUGCAAAUGCAAUCAACACAAAUGAAUGUACAAAAUAAGGUGUCAACUAUAACGGGACCAGCUACGAAUAUUUACACAACAACAGCGCAGCAACAUCAGCAACAACAAUAUCAUCAGCAACAGCAGCAGCAUCAAUCAUUGUCAUCGCCUUCAUCACCAACAUUGAUUAACACAACAUCGCCAAUUAGCAUGCAACAACAACAACAACAUCAGCACACAAGUCAACAGCAAAAACAACUUAAUCAAAAUCAACAACAGCAACAGCAACAUCAGCAACAACAAAAACAUAUACAAACACAACAUCAUCAUCUUCAGCAGCAGCCUCAUAAAUCACCAAAGAAAUCAACCUCCUUGCCAGCGCCGGUAGCACCAUCUAUGUUAAGCAGUCCGCCAGCCAGUAAAAUGUUAAGUUAUCCCUUAACUGUAAGUUCUCAAACAGGUUGUUCAACACAUCUUAGUUUAUCGCCAGAAUCAUUUCAUGAUCAAGAUUCACCACUCUCGCCCACACAAAGUCUAAAGUUUCCACGUGAUAGUCAACGUCGUGCUGGUCAUAUACAUGCCGAGCAAAAGCGCCGUUACAACAUUAAGAAUGGUUUUGAUCAAUUGCACGAUUUAAUACCACAACUGCAGCAAAAUAAUGCCAAGUUGAGUAAAGCUGCAAUGCUCCAGAAAGGUGCUGAACAUAUCAAACAUUUACGCAAUGAACGCAAUGUAUUGAAAGAACGCAUGGAUGCAUUGCGUAUGGAACGUGAUGCCUUAAAUAACUCAUUAACACAUCUUCAUUCAAUUUUACCAGCCAAUGGAGCUCCAGUAACACGUCAGGGCACCGAACAUGUUAGACAACUCUAUGAACAAUAUGUGCGUUGCCGGACCCAGGAUAAUUGGAAAUUUUGGAUUUUGGGUCUCAUUCUCGAGCCAUUGUUAACGUCAUAUACCUCCACAGUGUCUAGCGCUAGUUUAGAUGAAUUAAGACGCACAGCCUUUUUAUGGGUGGAUCAACAUUGUUCUUUAAUUGACCUAAGGCCAGCCGUUUCAAAUAAAUUAAAAUAUCUGUCAAUGAAGACCGACAUUUUAUCCGAUCCACCAUCAACGUUACAAGAAGAAAUCGCCAAAGCGGUCAACAAUACAAGUGGUCAACAUCCGAAUUUACAUGGAACAUAAUUAUAAAAAUUAAGAGUUAAUUUUUUUUAAAUAUUUUUAUUUUCUUUAGAUAAUUUUUAUGUAGGUUAAACAAAGUGAUAAAAGCCCCACUCAAAGACACAUCUGUCAAUCAAUCCAUUUGCUUUGUCUACACAAAAUGGCGGUAUUUUAAAACUAUACAUUAAAGUUAUUGGCUCUUUAGAUAAAUCUGCUCAAAUUUAAACAAAAACUUUUAAAAAUUCUGUUAAAAACUCAACUGCUCAAGUAAAAAUCUUUUUUGUGUGACAUGUCUAUGGUGUGUUUGCGCAGGGGGCUAAAUAAGUUUUUAUUAUUUCUUUUUUGGAGUUUUUCAUUUAUUUGUUUUUAUUAAGAAAAAAAUACUAUUCAAAGAUUUUUGUUAUUAAACAAUGAAAAAUAUUGUACAAAUUGUUUAUUUUGUAUUUUUUAUGAAAUUAGGAAAAUAUUAACUGUAAAACAUGUGCCUAAAUUAUAAUUUAAGCUAAUUAAUUAAAAAUAAAUAAAUACUUAAAAGCAA